CCGGCAAAGAAAAAGGAUAUCGGCUCUGUUUUUCCUUCUUCUUCAUCUUCUUCUUCUUCUUGGAUUUUGAGUUCCUUCAAUGACGAUGAAGAUUCCAAUGGCUUUUUUUACAGUAGCUUCCAUUCUGAUUUCAAUGGCGGAUUCAAGAGCUUGCGGUUUUCCGGCGAUUUACAAUUUCGGCGAUUCCAAUUCCGAUACCGGCGGAAUCUCCGCCGCGUUUUACCCUACCAUUUUGCCCUGCGGCGAGACGUUCUUCCAUAAAACCGCCGGUCGAGGCUGCGACGGCCGCCUCAUCAUCGAUUUCCUUGCAAAGCAUCUAGAGUUACCUUACUUGAGUGCAUACUUGAAUUCAAUUGGAGCGAAUUUUCGACACGGUGCGAACUUUGCAACGGGUGGUUCCACAAUUCGGAAUCAAAACGAAUCGGUGUUUGAGAAUGGAGUCAGCCCAUUUUCACUCGAUAUUCAAGUCGUCCAAUUUCGUCAGUUCAAAAAUCGUACUAUCGAUCGAUAUCAUGAAGAAACAAAUGACUUUAUUAGAAGCACUCUUCCGGUACCAGAAGAGUUCUCCAACGCUCUUUUCACCAUUGAUAUUGGUCAGAACGAUCUCUCGGCUGGAUUUCGAAAAAUGACAAACUACCAAUUUCAAAUGGCAAUUCCUAAUAUCAUUGGAGAAUUUGACGCCGCCAUUGAAGAGUUAUAUAGAGAAGGAGCAAGGGCAUUUUGGGUACACAACACAGGGCCCAUAGGCUGCAUUCCAGUGGCGAUUCGCACCACAGUCCACGGAGAUCUUGACCAAAACGGCUGCGUUAAGUACCAAAACGACGCCGCUUUGGAGUUCAACAGACAGCUUAAAGAACGAGUCAUUCAACUAAGAGCAAAACUCUCAGAUGCUUCUCUCGUCUACGUGGAUGUGUUUGCAGCUAAGCUCCAACUCAUAGCCAAUGCAAAGGAAGAAGGGUUUAUGGAGAUGGGGGCAAUAUGUUGUGGGUAUCACGAGGGCAAUGAUCACGUGUGGUGCGGGAACCAGAAGAUCAUCAAUGGCAGCCAAGUGUACGCUGGAUCUUGUGAUGAUCCUUCCAGAUUUAUCAGCUGGGAUGGGGUCCAUUAUACCGAGGCUGCUAACCGUUGGAUCGCCAAUCAGAUUAUCAAAGGCUCCUUCUCCGACCCCCAAGUUCCCAUCACGCAUGCUUGUCGUUGAUAUCCUACCGUCUGAUUAGGUUUCGACGGCUAAGAUCGUCUUAUUUACAACACGCAUAUUCGACGGUGUAACUUCAGGAUAGUUUACUUCUCAACAUAUUAUAACAUUUUUACGUGUGGUAAGUUUAGGUUUUAACAUUUACCCGUGUUUUAAUUGUAAUACUUUACCUAAACAAUAUAUUGUAGGUUACUUUUGGGACGUGUUAAAA